AUUCUUAAAACAAGAGCAGGAUAACAAGAUGUUUAGCCUACAAUGAACAGCUAUGAUUGCAUGAUGUUUAGAGCAUUUAGAGUUUAAAAUUCAAGCCUGGUUUUGUUUAGGACAUUGUAAAAUGGCUCAUAAAUUCUAGGAGCAUCACACCUACUGCAUUCUCACUCACUUGAGUUCUUUACAGGAUAAAAAGCUGCAAAUUAUCACUUCAAUGAUGCAUAGAGACUUCAUUUCACUUUAUUUUUUUUAAGUAUGCAUUAAGGUUCUGCAGCAGACCCUUUCUCUUUCCAGCCUGUCUGGUGUUUGCACUUGUAAGAAGUCAGGAGGAGACAUUUCCAGCCAGACUACAAGUGUAUUUGUUGGGGGUAAGUUUCCCUCAAUUACUCCACAGACUCUGAGGGAAAAGCCUUUGCUCCUGACUCUGCUGUUCCUGGCCAGUGAAUAGUGAUUCACAUCCCAGGAAACAGUCAACGACUCAGUUUUUCCGACGACUUCAGGCACCAGAGGAGCGUCAGAGAUCUCACACAUACACAGACUGACUGCUUCGUCUACGGGGUUUUCUUUGCAAGCCAGUUUGGAGAUGCUCCAGGGGGCAGUGAGCAGGGCCGUGCUCUGUCUGUCCUGCUCCCUCAUGCUGGGGGUCUGCUUCCCAGCAGAGGUUGCAGGAGCAGCGGGGCCUCUUCCUAUUCCCCCCCCUGAACAAGAGUCUGGGGAGCCAAACCUCGAGGAUUGGGAGUGGGGUUCUGGAUCAUCUCUUCUGCACCUGCUCCACAGCUUCCCCGCUGACAGCCCCUUCAUAACGGAGACCCCAAGAAAACCAGUCAACUGCACCCAGCGCUUCUGGUUGCCACCGUCCUCUGCAAUCUGCUGGGAAAACAUAGCCGGACCCGAGGAGUUCGCCAGGUCCCGUCUGCUUAUUCUCCAGAACAGGGCUGCCCUGCAGGCCGUGUCCACCACCAGCGGGCUGGAGGAAGGAGGGAUCCCCUACGAACACCAAGCCAGAGAGGAGGUCCAGGGAGUCCACUCCGACCACCUGAGUGUGGUGGAGACUAUGCAGACCAUGGAGAAGGUGUUUGUGUCUCUGGAGGAGACAAGGAAAGAAGGGAAGGAGCAGGGGGUCCUCACAAGCAUGAAGGAGCAUCUUGCCAACACCAGGGACGCCAUAGCUGGAAGAGAGCACAUGGCGAACAUCCUGGAGAACCAUUUUUCUUCUUUAGAGAACACUCUGCUUAACAUGCAGCUUCGGCUCAACAAACUCAUCCAGCAGUGACAAUGACGAAGAACGGUCGCCUUAUAUUUAUAUACAGUAUUCAUGUAUUGUACAACGAUGUAGCAAAUGCAUGCAUGCUCAGGAUUAUAUUAGUCUGUAGUAUGAGGACAAAACUUGAUAUGCACCUUAAGUCAUCAACGCACCAAAAAGUAACAUGUGUUAACUGGAAUUAGCAGAGAUAAAUAAACCUCACAUUAUCAGGGAAAUUUGAUGAACGUGAAGCUGUUAAAUCACGUUUUAUAUUUCCAGUUUGAAGACAUGCUCCACAUGGAGAUUUCACGGCCCUGCUAACAGUCUCUAGUAAAACUGCAAGACACUUGUGAAGCUUGGAACAGAAUAACUGACUUGUUUAACACUUCAUUCAACAUUAAUAAACUGCAUUUUCUUAUUA